ACUUACAUUUGGGCAUUAUUUUAUUUAGUAAAAAUUACACCCCUUUUCCAUUAAAAAAAUCUCAAAAAAUCUUCACAUCAGCGCAAGUUUCUUUCAAAGUUUUACGUUAAUUAAAAGUUUUGUCAUCAAUUACAAAGUCAUAAAAAACAUGGCCAACUAAUUAAAAUCUUAAGAUUUGUGAUUGCGUCAUUAUGUGGUGGUUAUUACUUUUUUGCUGUCUCCCUGUGAACUCUCAGAUAAUACAUACUGAAACUCACGAAGUUCUAUAUGAGAUUGCGGGUAUAUUUGAAGACAAUGCUAAAACACAACAGCGCGCGUUCGACGAAGUGAUGCGUCAGGCGCGCUUGGACCCGGCUGAACAGUUGUCUUUAGCCAGCACUCACGAAGCACUUCAAGACUGGCGAUUUGAUCCAGUUAUAAUAGAGCCAUUAAGGUCUGACAGUUAUUCCAUUUGGAGGAAGCUAUGUUCUAACACUGCGAUGCGUCCCAUAGCCAUAUUUGGACCGCAAAACCCAAUAUCUGAUGGAACUGUGAGAGAGCAGUGUGCUAUAGCCAACAUUCCUCACAUCCAAGCCACGUGGAAACCUCCUCUAGCCUUUGACCAUGAUUCUCAUGAAGAACUUGAAGACGAAGAAGAAAAUCAAGAACCCGUGUUCAAAAAGAUCUCUAUCAACUUCUAUCCACCUGCAGAUGAAAUUUUGUACGCUUAUGCACAGUUACUGAAGUUAUAUAAAUGGGAAAAAUUCGCUGUGCUAUACGAAGAUGAUAUUGGUCUGCUACGUGUUCAGAAGAUUCUUGCUCAUCACACUGACAAACAUCCAGUGACAGUAAGACGUUUAGAUCCUAACGCUAAUAACUAUCCGAUAUUUAAGCUCCUCAGUAAGUUUCAAAUCUACCGUAACAUAAUAUUGGAUUGUCAUGUCGACCAUGUCAUCAAAUAUUUAUCGGAGGCUAAAGAAGUUCAAAUGGUUACCCAUUACCAACAUUACAUCUUAAUCACCAUGGAUGCAUCGACGGUAGCUGAUAAAUUAAAAAACUUCAAUUCUAACAUGACGUGGCUAAGUUUAACAGAAUACGACAAGUUGCAAAACCAUAACUUGGCUCAAAGAGUUGGAAAAUGGAUAGGUGUCAAAAACGACUUAGUUCGCCCAUCUGUAACGAGCUUUAAGACUGAAGCAUUAUUAAUGGACGAUAUAGCAAACCACGUUUUGAAGGCUUUACAAAAGGUAGACUCAAUCAAAUCUAACAAAUCAAAACCAUAUGAUGCAGUAUGCGAUCCCAACCUGUCGCCAUGGUCCUACGGUGCACAACUUCAGGAUAAAAUAUUAAAGACAACAUCUACAGGAGUUUCUGGUCACAUAGCAUUUAAUGAAAAAGGCCAACGAGUCAAUUAUACGUUGUAUAUAAACGAAAUCUAUAUAUCUGAGUUGAACACUGUCGGGUCUUGGGACUCUGCUACCCAAGAGCUGACUGAAGACAGACCUGAGGACGAUAAUCUUAAAUAUCAAAAAAACAGUAAACAUUUUAUUAUUAUAUCUCCAAAAACAAAACCAUUCUUCAGUAAAAAGCAAUGUCACAAAAAUGAUACUGAUUGUGAGGAAGAGACUGCAGAUGAAAACUAUGAAGGAUUUGGCGUAGAGCUCAUUAAAGAAAUAUUUGAUAAUUUGCACAGAAAUAAAUUUAAUUACACAUACACUUUCGAAGUUUACGAGAACAAAAAGGACUCGAAAAAUCAAUUAAAAACCAGAAAGUCAUACGGAUUGCUUGAUGAACUUUUAAAUAAUAAAGCUGAUUUAGCUGUUGGAGACGUAACUAUUACAGAAGAUAGGAAAAUGGUUGUGGAUUUUUCGGUGCCUUUCAUGUCAUUGGGAAUAAGUAUUUUAUAUACAAAAGAAAAAGAAGUACCACCGGGAAUGUUUUCCUUCUUAAACCCAUAUACGUUUGAAGUGUGGAUGUACACGGCAACGGCUUAUUGUGCUGUUUCAAUUCUUUUAUUUAUCUGUGCAAGAAUAUCACCGGAUGAUUGGGAAAAUCCGCAACCAUGCGAUAAGGAUCCCGAGGAAUUGGAAAAUAUUUGGAACUUCGCGAACUGCACGUGGUUAACUAUGGGCUCAAUUAUGUGUCAAGGAUGUGAUAUCUUGCCAAAGGCAGCAGGAUCUCGAUGGGUCUGUGGAAUGUGGUGGUUUUUCGCAGUAAUUGUUUGCCAGACAUAUAUAGCACAACUUUCAGCAUCAAUGACGUCGGCUAUGGAGACUGAGCCAAUUAACAAAGUUGAGGAUCUGGCUAAACAAAACAAGGUUUUAUAUGGAGCUAUUGAAAAUGGCUCAACAUUUGAAUUUUUUAAGAAUUCAAAGGACAAAAUGUAUCGCAGAAUGUUUGAGAAUAUGGUAGCAAACCCCGCAGUUUUAGUGCACAGUAAUGAUGAAGGAGUAAAGAGAGUCAUAAGCGGAAAGAGCAAAUACGCAUUUUUUAUGGAGUCCACUGCAAUCGAAUACGAGUUGAGGAAAAAUUGUGAACUGAAAAAAAUUGGAGGAGAAUUAGAUUCUAAGGAUUAUGGAAUUGCAAUGCCUGCGAAUUCUCCGUUUAGAACUCAUAUAAACAAAGCAAUAUUGGAAUUAAAAGAAGCUGGAAUCUUAGACAAAAUUAAAAAGAAAUGGUGGGAAGAUAAAAACAAACAAGAAUGUGAUGAUGAAAAAGUUGAUAAGAACGAUCAAGAAGGCGAUCUGGAAAUGAAGAAUUUAAUGGGUGCAUUUGUUGUACUCAUCGCAGGAUUGGUUAUUUGUUUGUUCAUCACGGCUAUCGAAUUCAUGAACGAAGUCAGAAAUAUCGUAGUUCGGGAACAGGUAAGCCAUAAGGAAGUAUUCAUAGCGGAGCUAAAGGCAUCGCUAAAUUUCUUCCAACUCCAGAAGCCAGUUCUUCGUAAUCCAAGCAGAGCCUCCUCACUCGCGUCUACAAACGACAGCGAGAAAAAGGAAAAGCGAUCAAACAUUAUCGAAAAUUUCCUUGAUUUCGAAAAGGAAGGCCAAUGAAGAAAUAUUAAUAGAUCAGUAAUGUUAUAUCAAAAUUCUACUAAAAUAGAAAAUUUUACUAUUUGGAUUGUUAAGUAUACUAAAAAUAUUAAUUGAGAAUAAAGAUUUUGAUGGUUA